AUGCUAAUGUCUAUUUUGCAAGUUUCUAUGCUCUUCAGGCAUCACAUGAAAGCUGAGUAUCGCAGAAGAUGCCUUUCAGCUAAUGGGAAGAAUCCUUUGGGCAUAGCUAUGCUCGAAUAUCCCGAGCUGAGCUGUCCAGGUCAAUCAUACCAACAGCUAGAUUCUUGGAAGUCACAGAGUACCGAUGCUGACCAGAGCCCUGACAUCAGCACAACGGAGAAUGAGAGAACUACAUUGAAAUUUCAUACAAAAUCGUCGGCUAUCGCAUCUAUCUAUCCUCUAUCGUCUCUUUUAUUCAUAAAUAUCUUUAAACAAAAGUCGACCAAAUGA